CCUACGCAUGCUACACGGCGUUGCGUGAACGUCUUAAUAGACGAAAACGACGUAAUAUGACCGCCAAGCACGUAUGACUUGGCUACCUCAGCAUCAUGACCACCUCGAGAAAUGCGACCCCGGCUCAGAUCUUCCCCGGAAGGGGGAUUGGGUUUCUAACUUUGGGAGCCUCUCUGCAUCAUACCAUAACUCGCCUCAAAGCGCAUCCCCAUACUUACCCCUCCAUCGACUUGUCCUACUCUUCGACCAAUCCUAUCCACUCCCCGAUCCUUCUAAGUCUGCCAGAAAAUGGCCUGCGACUGCGAUUUGAUGGUCCGGACCAAAGACUUCGUCUGAUAGAAGUGCUAGAUUUCACUAAGAUUCCUCUCACGUAUAAAUCCCAUGAGGUCCUGAAAGCCACUAAGCCUACGGAGCAACCACCACAGCUAGGGCCAAGUUUUCGUCAUAUUUACAACCGCAUGUUUGGGCCAUCCUACCCAGGAGAAUUCAUUCCCGGUUCCUCAGGUUCAAAGUACGGAACCUAUGUUCUUUCCUAUCCCGGUAUCGCCUUUUCAUUUCCCUUGCUUCAGUCUGCGUGGUCCGAGCAAUGCGAUUUUGUAUCUUUAAUGUCGUCGGCGGCGGCAUCUUCUGCUACUUCCAUGGCUGUUUUCCAGGGAUCAUCGUGGGCGGAUGGCCGUUCUAAUAUGUUGACGCGACAACCCCAGUAUCCAAGAUCAACUGCUCUUGCGGGGAAAAAUCGAGAAUCUGUCGCUGAUGAAAUAGAGGAGGUUAAAAUCCAUGGCGCAGGAAGGAUUGAGUUUUUCCGCAGAUCGGGGCCAUCGAUCUGGAUUUCCCUCUCUGAGACCACACCACAAGACCUCGUCGCGGAAUUUGGUCCUCCAGAUGCUAUUUACCGGAAAAACGAUAGGCGUAUCUCAAUCCAUGGGACCCAGACACUUGGUAACACGAACCUUAGACGAACAAGCCCUUCGCCUGGCCGCACAGCUGACCCCACAGACAUGGAUCCUUUGUCUGAAACUAGCGUGACGGAUGAUUCAGACGGCGAGAAUUCUCCCACUUUCCAGCACAAUCGGGCUACGCUGGCAACUGAGUGUUUCUAUAACUAUUUUGAUCACGGGUUCGAUGCCUUUAUCUCCCAUCCAACGGUUUCUGGGCCACCGUUUCCAGGUUCAUCACAUCCGGAGACGUCCACAAUUUCACCACCCCCGCAGUUAGCCGUAACAAAGAUCCUUCUGCAUGGGAACGUGCCAGGGUCAUACCCCUUCAAUCGCCAUAGGCGCAGCCGCUGGGUCCUGAAUAUUGAUUCUGCCCGGGAACCUCUGACGUCGGAAACCCAAUAUGGCCAGCUAUCAGACGAGUUGAAACGAAUAUGGAAGGGCUCCUACUCGAGCGCAUCUGAGGAAAUGGCCCUUCAAAGAGGAAUGGUCCUCAACCGUGGCUGGGGCGAUAGUCCUGGAAGCAGUGUCGAGCUUCUUGGUGGCUGGGAAGAUAGCUCGGCCAGCAAAGCUUGGACUAGUUCAUUGCUUGCUUUCUGGGCGUUAAAAUGUGAUGCCGAGAUAUGCUGCAAUAACAGGAACAUGCCAGAGUUGCCGCCAUCCCUUGCUCGAUCCUGGUCGUCGACGCUCAAACUUCCCAAGUCAACUUUCCCCCCUCGUGUUUCGUUGACCGACCAGGUCAAGUACCUAGAACGAUGCACACAUGACCUCUAUAGCUGGCAGCAGCGCCACCGUCCGAAUGAAAAUCGAUUCGUCCUCCAUGAUGGCCCUCCAUAUGCCAAUGGCGACCUACAUGUCGGUCAUGCUUUGAAUAAAAUCCUGAAGGACAUCAUUUGUCGGGUGCAGUUGGCGGCUGGGAAGCGAGUUCAUUAUGUGCCAGGCUGGGAUUGCCACGGACUACCAAUUGAGUUGAAGGCAUUGCAGACACAAAAGGGACUGGGGAGACUUGAAGCAGGUAGGAAUGGAAACGGAGGUGCUGCAGCGAUUCGUAGAGCGGCCAGGCAGCUGGCUGAAAAGACGGUUCUGGAACAGAUGAAGGGAUUUCAUAAGUGGGCAGUUAUGGCGGAUUGGGAGAAUGCGUGGAAAACUAUGGAUAAGAGUUUCGAGAAGAGGCAGCUGGAUGUAUUUCUUAAAAUGGUGGAGAAAGGCUUGAUACAUCGGCGAUUCAAGCCUGUGUAUUGGUCUCCUUCAUCGCGCACAGCACUAGCAGAGGCUGAGUUGGAGUAUAAAGAGGAUCACAAAUCUACAGCCGGACUAGUAAAAUUUCCUCUUGUGUCCAUGCCGUCUAAGCUACGCGAUAUGCUACCAUCAAAUACCACUGAGAUCUCGGCUGUCAUCUGGACGACUACACCGUGGACAUUGCCUGCCAAUGCAGCCAUCGCUGUGAGCCCCACCUUGGAAUACUCUAUUGUGAAAUCGGAAAAGCAUGGAUAUCUCGUUGUUGGCUCAUCUCGGCGCGAAUAUAUUCAAACGUUGUUACAAGGAGAGGAAGUAACAGUAAUAGGCUCGCCAAUUUUAGGUUGUGAGUUAGUCUCCGAAUCCACAUAUCUCCCGCUUUUCAAGGACGGGUCCGUUCCCCAGCCCGUCAUCGCUGCAGAUUUUGUGACAGCGGAUAGCGGUUCUGGUCUUGUUCAUUGCGCUCCUGGCCAUGGAAUGGAGGAUUAUGAAGUUUGCCAAGCACACGGGAUCGCAUCUCAUACUCCGGUUGAUGAUGCAGGUUUGUUCACGGAUGCGGCAAUGCCUUUGAACCCUUCAAUGCUCAGUGGGAAGUCUGUACUUGGCGAUGGAAAUCGAGAGGUCUUGCGAUAUGUGGAGAGCAAGGGCCAGCUACUUGCUAAACACACGUAUGAGCAUAAAUACCCGUACGACUGGCGGUCAAAGCUUCCUGUGAUAGUACGUGCUACUGAGCAGUGGUUCGCUGAUGUUAGUGAUAUCCGUGACUAUGCGCUCCGGGCAUUGGAAGAUGUGCAAUUUAUGCCUUCAAUGGGAAAGUCACGACUAGAGAGCUUCAUUAAAAGUCGCAGCGAGUGGUGUAUAUCACGGCAGCGAGCUUGGGGAGUGCCGAUUCCUGCCCUCUACCAUCGAGAAACUGGGGAGGCAAUUCUGACGAAGGAAUCGGUGUCUCAUAUCUUGAAGGUUAUCGACGAACGUGGAAUCGACGCCUGGUGGACAGAUGAUGAAAACGACCCUACUUGGAUUGCUGCUUCUAUUAGGGAAACAUCUUCUGGUGCUGCCUAUAAACGAGGCACAGACACUAUGGACGUGUGGUUUGAUAGUGGAUCCAGCUGGACGCAAGUGAAAACUCCCGCUUCGGUCGAAGGUUAUGCGGCUGAUGUGUACCUCGAAGGAACAGACCAGCAUAGAGGGUGGUUUCAAUCAAGCCUCUUGACAUAUGUUGCUUACAAUCUAGGCUUGGGGGAAAAAACUGGCAUUUCUCGAGCGCCAUUUAAAACCCUCAUCACCCAUGGAUUUACUCUUGACAAAGAUUCUCGGAAGAUGAGUAAGUCGAUUGGGAACGUGAUUAGCCCAGAUCAAAUCUUAGAUGGGACGCUUCUACCCCCAUUGAAGUUGAAAAGGAUGAAGGGACAGGAAAAGAAGCCGACUGCGCCUGUAUUUGACGCCCUGGGAACCGAUGCGCUAAGGUUAUGGGUCGCUAGCAGCGAUUACACCAAGGACAUAGUUAUCAGUCAGCCUGUUCUUAAGACCGUCCACACCAACCUUCACAAGUACCGGGUAACCUUCAAACUCCUUCUCGGAUCUCUGCAAGAUUUCGACCCCAGCUGCACAGUCCCACACGAGUCGUUACGCAUUAUUGACAAAAUCGCACUGCUCCAGCUUCGAAAACUCAUCAAUAUCUGCCAGGACGCAUAUUCAAGCUUUGAGUUCUACCGCGCAAUCACAGCUAUCAAUAAAUGGGCUAAUUUAGACUUUUCGGCUUUCUACAUCGAAUCUCUCAAAGAUCGCCUCAGAAGAGCCGCGCAGACAACCCUCUGCCACAUAUAUUAUCAUUUCCAAAACCUCCUGGCGCCUUUGGUACCCAACCUCGUCGAAGAAUCAUGGGAACACACACCGGAAUUGAUUAAAACCAAAUUUGAUCCCCCGUUACACCGCAUCAUGACCAAACCUCCACCUGAGUGGCAAAAUGACGAACUGGAAGAAAUAUUCCCGCUACUUAUGGCUAUUAACACAGCAGUUAAAACCAUGCAAGAAAACGCCCGCAAUAGAAAGGAGAUGGGCUCAUCACUACAGACAUUCGUGCACAUCUCCGUCUCCUGUAGCGCCGCAGAGGCGUCAAUCUUCGAAAAAUUCGGCUAUGAAUUACAAGACCUCUUCGUCGUUUCUUCCGUUACUGUCGGGUACAAUAAUGCAGCACUGCCACCUGAAAUCGAAGCUGCUGAGUGGAAAUACAGCUCAGAUUUCGAGUUCCCCGGCGGGAGUGCGCGUGGACAUGUUUGGAUAUAUACCCCACAAGCGAUCAAGUGUGGGCGAUGCUGGCGAUAUGCGGUGCCGUUGGAGCCUAAGCAGGACGACCCGUUGUGCCAGCGGUGCAUAGAUGUUGUGGGAGAGCUACCUAGGGUGAACCACGAGCUUACGGGUGCAGCUUCUACCAGUAACUGA